AUGAAUACUCAUCCGCUAAACGUAAGCAAUAACUCUGAGAUUUCCGCAUCCGUUAAAAGAGCAGAAACUUAUUUAAUCUCCUUGAUAUACGCAGUCAUUGCUGUAAUUGCAGUGUUUGGGAACAUUCUAGUUAUACUCGCGGUUUACAUCAACACACGUCUGCAAACGAAAAGUAACUAUCUCCUGGUGGCUUUAGCUGUACCCGACUUCUUCCAAGGUGCAGUUUCACUCCCCUUAAGACUAGUAGAAGUUCUGGACGUUAACUGCGAUCUAAAAUCUUUCUGUCCUGUUGCGAUACCAGUGUCUACGUUGUUUGGCGCUGCUUCAAAUCUUCAUAUUCUUCUUGUCGCUGUUGAAAGGUCUGUAUCCAUUUUUUUCCCGUAUUGCUACUACAGCUGGAUGACGACAAAAAAGGUCUUGAUGGGAGUUUGCGUGAUUUGGUUGUCUGUGGUGACUGUCUCACUCCUGCCUGUCUUAGGUUGGGGUGGAAAAGAGCCUGAAACAGUGGUAACCUUCUGUCGAUUCCCAUCGUUUCUAAUUCAGGAGUAUAUCACAUGUCUUUAUCUAUUCGUUCACGUCAUUCCCAUAAUCGUUGUCACCUUCCUCAACGUUUUCAUCUUAAGAGAAAGUCUUCAUCACUUACGGCGAAUUGAAGCACAAGUCGUUUCCAGCGGUUUUAACCUCGCGGGAAGGGAUAGUAAUUCCCAAUUUUUUCCACAGCCGAUGGAGGCAGUGAGACAGAAGAAGGUAGAAGCCAUGAAACAGCGAAAGACGACGUUUAUUGUGGCUGCAGUUGUGGGAUCUUUCAUCUUGCUAGUAGUUCCAAUUGUAACCAUCGACAUCGUUGAGAUGCUGACAGCUGCCGUGAUACCAGAAGCUGUUGUUAAAAUUGCUGUGCUGAUGAUUUACGCGAAUCAUUGCGUCAACGUUUUCGUUUACGCUGGUUUAAACUCUGAUUAUAGGAGGGCUUUUAAAAAUAUUCUUAAAAAAUGUGUUAAUGUUUUCCGUUUGCGUAGAACAGGAGGGCAUGACUGA